AUGUCAAGGUCACGAAUUGACUACAUUUGGUCCUCAGCUGAAGUUGUUUCUCAUUUUACGAGUUGCAAUGUCUUAGAUGUCGAUCCUUCUCUGUCUGACCAUUCGCUGAUCACCUUUAGUGUUGAAAAUUUCUUGGAUAUUAGAAACAAUAAAAGGAAUAUUCCUUCAAAAAAGGUUUAUGAUUAUGAUAAGAUGACUGAUGAUAAAUGGGAAACUUUCAGGAUAUUUUGGCUAAUUCAGUAG